UUCCUCGUCGAGGCUUACAACGAUUUUAUAGGAUACGUCGAGGCUAAGAUCCUGCUGAACAAGUCCUCCAAAGCUAUUAAGUCCUUCAUUAUACAAUAUAUCCUUUUUGUCGACGGAGGCUCUAAGUUCAAAGGCGAAGUUAAAGAGAUCCUCUAUAAACUACGGAUCAAGAGAGUUAUCAUCUCACUAUACAAUUUAUAUAUAAAUAGAGUAAAUAAGGCUAGCUAUAUCCCAAUUGCUACCUCGUUUAUAAAGAUGACUAAUAGUAUAGGAAAGAGGUAG